UCAGAUCAGAAUACCUCAAGGAGAGAAUAUUUCUGUACCAGAAGUACAAGAAUAUGAGCGACCCUUGCUCACACAUACAAAUUCUACUGAUGAUACGAUGAAUUUGCAAGAAACAUCAUUCAUGGAGCUUGAAAAAGAAGAAAAUGUCAAUGAUGUUUCCGAUGUUAAUCGCCUUAGUGACUCUGAGAACAUCAAAGAUGCUUUAGCUAAUACGAAGCCAAAGGGAAGAGACAAAGAUAUCGGUGAGAUCCUUGUCAAAACAGAACCAAAGAAAAACGUUCCUGAUAUCCAAGAGACGGAUAUACAUACUGAGAUGGAGAAGAGAGAGCAUGGUGCCCAAAAGACUGAUUUGAAUAGUGAACCAGAGAAAAGAGAGCAUGAAAUGUCUGAAACUGGUGUAAAUAGUGAUCAAGCUAAAAGAGUGCAAGUUGUUACAGAGACUCGUGUCUACGGUAAACAAGACGCGACGGAGAAUUGCGUCACAAAAGAUAGUUUAAGUACUGAGGAAAAAGAGGAUGUGGUCCCUAGUGAUACAAAUGAAGAUGGCUGUAGAGAUUCUGAAUGUUACGGUGAGUAA